AUGGCUUCAUCCAGUGGAAUAUUGUGUGGUGUGUGUGAAACUCAACACUUGGUGAAAGAGGCCGCCUUCUGGUGUUCUGAAUGCGAUGAAGGAUUGUGCUCAUCAUGCGAAAAACACCAUCGUGCCUCCAAAUCCUCACGAAAUCAUGAAGUCAUUUCAGUGCAUAAUUAUAAAAAAAUACCACAAGCAAUAGCAAGUAUAAACCAAUAUUGCUCAGACCACGAGAAAAAGUAUCAGCUCUACUGUUCUCAACAUGAAAAACCAUGUUGUCCGCUUUGCAUAACAACUAAUCACAAAACUUGUGAUUUGAUGGCACUUGAUGAUAUUGUCAAAACAUCGAAGACUUCCGCAUUAUUUGACAUUAUGGAACAAAUUUUAAAGGAUAUGAAGAGCAACAUGAAAAAAAUUAUUGAAGACAGAAAGCAGAAUUUGGGGAAAAUUCACCAACAGCGACUGAGAUUCCAGACAGAUAUAAAAGAGGUACGAAAGAAAAUAAACAAACACCUAGAUAAUCUUGAGCAAGAAAUACAACAAGAUAUCCAAGCUGCUGAACAGAAAGUCCAAUCACAAAUAGACAGAUUUCUUUCAAAAAUUUUAUGCCAUGAUAAAUCACUAAAUGAGCUACAGAAGAGAAUUUCCGCAACGAAAAGUUUUGCAACUGACCUUCAAACAUUUCUCGGUGGUAAAAUGUUUGAAGCCGAGAUCCAAAAAGAAGAGAUAUUUAUGCAGUCUUUAAUAACAGAUGGAAGCUUACAACAAAUAAACCUACAAUGCAGAAUUGAUAACAAGAUGUCUGACAUACUGUCUAUGACAAAGAUUGGAGAGAUAUCAGCUAUAGAAAAUCCACCCACUAUAACCCUGACGAUGACUAGAGACAAACAAGCUCAACUAAUGCUACCGACGAUAUCAAAAUCAAUCAAUCACAUCAAUCCUACUUUAUUGAAAACAUUUGAGAUACCGAAAGGGAGAGAGGUAGUUGGAAUCUCGGGGUGCACCAUCAUGCCAACUGGUAAAAUGGUCUUCGUAGAUCUAACCAAUGACCGUCUAGUUAUCUACAAGGAAAAUGGAUCAUUUGUGUGUGUAAUACCUGUAUCACACCAACCGUUAGAUGUUACAUGUAUUGGUGAGAAUACCGUUGCUAUCACCCACAAUAAAGAGCCUUUUCAUAUAGAAAUUAUCCACAUCGUCAAUAAAAAGACUGUGAAAAGUAUCAAAACGUCUAACCGUUGCUACGGCAUUACAUAUAAUAAAGGAAGACUAAUAUAUUAUGAAACUGGAAGUGGUAUCAAAACAACAGAAUUUACGGAUGAAAGUACUGUCACCACAGUAGUUAAAGACGAUGGCAAGCAUAACUGGAACUAUGUUACAACAUCAAAAGACAAGAUGUAUUAUACAAACGAUACCACAAAUACAGUAACAUGCUACACAAUCACAGGACAGAAGGUUUGGGAAUACAAAGACGAUUCAAUAUUGAAGAUGAUUCGUGGAGUAGCAAUUGAUAACUAUUCCAAUGUGUAUGUGGCAUCCCACGCAGAUAACAGUGUUGUCGUAAUUUCACCAGAUGGCCAGCAUGCCCGUCGAUUGUUAGAAAAUAACGGAAUAUAUUUUCCUAUGGGUAUACAUUUUGACCAAGACAGAAAUAUUCUUCUCUUUACUAACAUGCUGGGAACUAUCUAUUUGUAUAACAUUAACUUAUCAUCUUUUUAA